GUUUCCGUCCAAACACGCCCCAACCGAUUCCGAUCCGACGACCUCGAGCGGCCGCUUCGCUUCCCCGAUCAAUCGGUAGCAGCCGCGCCGCCGCGCGAGAGAGGAGAUGGCCGACGAGGCGAAGGCCAAGGGCAACGCCGCGUUCUCCGCCGGCCGCUUCGAGGAGGCGGCGGCGCACUUCACCGACGCCAUCGCGCUCGCGCCCGACAACCACGUCCUCUACUCAAACCGAUCAGCGGCCUACGCCUCGCUCCACCGCUACCCGGAGGCGCUCGCCGACGCCGACAAGACCGUCGCGAUCCGGCCCGACUGGGCAAAGGGGUAUUCCCGCCUCGGCGCCGCGCGACUCGGCCUCGGCGACGCAGCCGGCGCCGUGGCGGCCUACGAGAAGGGGCUCGCCCUCGAGCCGUCGAACCAGGCCCUCAAGGACGGCCUCGCGCAGGCCCGCCAGGCCCUCCCGCGCCCUGCGUCCGGCGCCGACGCCAUCGCCAAGGUGUUCCAGGGCCCCGAGCUAUGGAGCAGGAUCGCCGCCGAUCCCACCACACGACCCUACCUCGACCAGCCGGAUUUCAUGCAGAUGCUACGCGACGUGCAGCGGAAUCCCAGCAACCUAAACAACUACCUCUCCGAUCCUCGGAUGGUGCAGGUGCUCAGCGUCAUGCUUAACAUCAGGCUACAGAACCAUGACGCGCCUCAGCCGCCGCCACCGCAGUCGACUUCACCACCGACGAAGCAGCAUCAUCAGCCGGAGACGAAAGCGAGGGAACCUGAACCCGAGCCUGAGCCUGAGCCGAUGGAGGUGACAGAGGAGGAGAAGGAGCACAAGGAAAAGAAGGCUGCAGCGCACAAGGAGAAAGAAGCGGGGAACGCCGCUUACAAAAAGAAGGAUUUUGAGACGGCGAUCCAGCACUACACAAAAGCCAUGGAGCUCGACGAUGAGGACAUCUCCUAUCUCACCAACCGGGCUGCCGUUUACCUUGAGAUGGGAAAGUUUGAUGAAUGCAUUAAGGACUGUGACAAGGCUGUUGAGAAGGGAAGGGAACAUCGUGCUGAUUUCAAAAUGAUCUCUAGGGCGCUGACAAGAAAGGGAACUGCUCUUGCUAAGCUUGCUAAGACCUCCAAAGACUAUGAUAUUGCCAUUGAGACUUUCCAAAAGGCUCUGACUGAGCACCGGAACCCGGAUACCCUAAAGAAACUAAAUGAUGCUGAACGAGCAAAGAAGGAGCUUGAGCAACAAGAGUACUAUGACCCAAAAAUAGCUGAUGAGGAGCGAGAGAAAGGUAAUGAAUUCUUCAAGCAGCAGAAAUACCCAGAAGCAGUGAAGCAUUACACUGAAGCUCUCAGGAGGAAUCCCAAGGAUCCAAGGGUAUACAGCAACAGAGCUGCCUGUUAUACCAAGCUGGGGGCCAUGCCUGAAGGUCUCAAAGAUGCUGAAAAAUGCAUUGAACUAGAUCCUACAUUCUCCAAGGGGUACACAAGGAAAGGUGCAAUCCAGUUUUUCAUGAAAGAAUAUGACAGAGCACUGGAAACUUAUCAGGCCGGCUUAAAGCAUGACCCUAACAACCAGGAGUUGCUUGAUGGCGUUCGGAGAUGUGUCGAACAGAUCAACAAGGCUAGCAGAGGUGAACUGAGCCAGGAGGAAUUGAAAGAAAGACAGAACAAGGCUAUGCAGGACCCAGAAAUCCAGAAUAUCCUGACGGACCCUAUCAUGCAGCAGGUGUUGACUGACUUCCAGGAGAAUCCUAAGGCUGCUCAGGCGCACCUCAAGAACCCUGGCGUGAUGCAAAAGAUACAGAAGCUAGUAAGCGCAGGAAUUGUCCAGAUGAAGUAGGCAAGGCUGCGUGAAAGGGGCCCAAGGGAUGGUGUAAUUUGAUUGGUGUGCCUCGAAACUUAAUCCAAAAUUUGUCGUGAAAUUUUGGUACUGGCUGUUACAGAUAUUCGUAAUGACUACGUCUUAUGUUCAGUA